UGCAUAUUCGAUCUACUAUCAUUAACCAUUGACGAUUGGGGCGUAGAAAGCAGAGAAGUUAUUCUUCAGUACUGUAUUCCGUUCGCCUCUUCGCUUGUCAAGAAACUCGACUUUUCUAUUGUUGCUCCUAGUGACAUAGAAAGUAGUUGGAAUUUCUUUGACCGCUUGAUUCAUCUGGCAAUACCCGACUGCAAACCAAGCCUCCUAGUAUCCACUGCUGCUUAUUCCCUUGCGCAAAGUGCCCUCAAUGUCCUGCGAAGUGCUCUACUAUCUCUUUCAUCGAGCAGCGUUGAUUACGAACUCAAAAAGGAAGACGUCCCUUUGUUUGCACGACUGGUGGUCAUCGUUCAUUCAAUUGCUUCAAGUGCUGCAAAAGAUAUGGAUGUUGCAGUGGCUGUUUACUCCCAGCAAGCAAAACGAAGAAAGGAGGACUGUGUACUAGAUAUAAUAACCGAAUGGAGUUUUGUCGAUGGAGUAGAUUAUAGUAAUCGCCCUCACUUCGUCGUCUCCUGCCUUGCUCUCGGCUGUGAAAUCACGUCGCGAUGGUCACAUCGCAUAGAACCACAUCAUUUCGUUCACAUGGGAGCUCAACUCUGGAGCAUGAGGCUACGCAUCAGAUUCGACUGGCAGUUGCCUUUAUACUGCCUCAUUCUCAAAAAUCUGAUAACACUUGGCGCAUUGGAUGAACUCUGCGAUCCUUGUUCUGAGGCAUGUGAUAUGUGCAGUUCUGAUCAGGCUAUCAAUCAUUUACAAGCAUUAGGAGAUGACGAUGAUCUCACAGACACUGUUUGUGACGUCCUAUCUCGUGCAGCUUCUUCUCAUGGAUCUGCGCUCUACGAACUACUUAUUUACCUCUUGACUGAAUUAGAGUUUGAUGAGUUGAAACCGUUUCCUGGUGUUGGCGACAAGAAGAAAGGAAUUCGCCAAUGGAAAUUCCGAUGCCACUUAGCUGAAUGGCUCAUUACUCACAGUACAUUCGAGGGCAGUGUCUCUGAACCUCUUAGUGUAAUGUGUUACCUGCAUCCAAAGAGAUUAGCGAAAUCAUUACCUUCUAUCUUGAGUGGACUUGGGAAAUCUGGGAUUGAGCGGGAUUUGGAAUUGUUCGGAUUGUCGGAAAAGAGUACUUGCUUGCAAACUGUGACCUCCAGCGUGCCUCUUCUGUUAGUGCCUGAACUAGUACAAUAUGUUUCUGAAAUUUACGGAGAGUUCUGGUCCAACAAUGGUAAGAAAAUUCUUUUUUUGAUCCCAUCACUAUAUUUUGUUGCUUAA